AUGUAGUUUGAGAAUCACUUCGUCCUAUAACGGAGUGCGCCAUCUCCAAACACUUCUCCCAUCUUUGUAGGGAAGGUGAGGUGAGUGACCGUUGAUUGACCGCUUCCUCUUCAGGAUCCGAUGCCAAGGUUGCCUAAUUGUCGACAAACGCAUUCCAAACAACAUCGUCUCUCAGCCACACGCCCUACCACUUACCUCUCUCUACCAACUGUGAUAUACUAAUCCGUCGUGGAGAGUGCUUGAUCGUCUUCGGUCACAUAAGUGCAGCAUGGACGUCAACGCCGACACCGAUGGCCUAGUGAGGGCUUUGCUGAGAUUGGACGAAGCGGACCGCAGCAAUAUUGUGGAACAUCUCCCUCCCAGAAAAGUGAAGAAUGCCUUCUUGCUUCUCCUUCGCGAGAUAGCUGGACUUCCAGGUACGUCCGACAUCGCCACUUUCGGUGAACUUGCUAACCCGACCCUACUUCUUAUAGUUCUGCAAGAGCAACCAGUCGCUUAUGCUCCAUUGGCUAUGCAUCCUGUCCCUGCUCAGGAACUUGUCACUACAUCCAAUAAGCGGAGUAUUUCCACAGCGAUUGCCGACGACUCGAAGCGAGCAAGAAUCGAUGCAACUGUAGCUCAGAACGCCAAACAGAGUGCGGCGCAAGUCCUAGUAAAGGAAGAGGAGGAGAUCAUCGAGAUUACUAGCGAGGCAGAAGAUGCGGAAGCCGAGACUAAUGUUCAAUCGAAAGCGAAAGAUAUACGCGAACCGGCAGACUUGAAGAUGUACUUGCGGAUUCCCAGCUUGUCGGGUUCCGAUAUGUGGAAAGACAUGGACGACCUUCCUAGCCAAGUCCGGGCCGAGCUUGAGCGACGUUUUAAAAAGACGUGGUCGUCCACCGAGGAGAAAGCUCGAAAAUACGCAGAGCUUACACACGAUGUGGCAAAAUACGUGACGGGAGGGUGCUGUGUUUACAGUCUGCUCGUCCGUGGUGGGCCUGGUCCAAUCGAUUGUAGCAGAGGCGGCCGGUUUCAAGAGACUGCGAAUAGAAGAUGCAUCAGAGAACACCAACCUUGUGCUCACUUUGCCAGGUUCAAUAAUCAGUACAUCAUCUGUCUGGUGCCUUUGCCUGAACGUCUUCGAAAGGGCCAGCGCUGGACACAGAUGAGUUAUUGGAUACGAUAGCUGGACAACCAAAGACUAUGGGGAGGGAUUUGAAGAGAUCAGUAAGACUCUCUAUUGCUUAAGAUCGCAGAGCAGGAUCUAAUGAUUGAACCCGGGGUAUUAGGAAACAAGAAACAGCUGAAAAAACGAACUUCGUAAAACAACUGCAACACACUU